AAUUAUAUUUACGGUCAACAUAAAAGAAGCUCCUUCGUUCCCGUAAAACAACUUACCAUAGAAAAACGGGAAUUCAUUUUACGAACAAACUGCUUGACCUUCUUUGCCUUUGAUCUCCUUUAUUCUCCGAUCAACUAUCAUCAUCUUCUUCUUACCAACAAUAAUUACUCAGCCCACAACAAAAUCAGCAGAUUUUGGACCAGCAAAAUCAAGUGAGGAGCUCUACGAUUCCAAGGUAAUAUUUCGAAUCCCUAAUGCUCCUCUUUCUAAUUCUCAAGCAUAACUGACAUGGGUGAGAAGGAAUGACAUCGUGUUACGGACCAUUGAUCGAUCUCUCAGAAGCUUCUCAUCAUAUGGGUCACUUCGUUCAGCUUCUGGUUUUCGUUCACCGUUCCAGUCCUGUUCAGGUUUCUCUAAUCUGUCCCUCUGUUCAACUGUGUGGGUCUAUGUUUUGUCCUUUUUUUUUUCUUCAAUAACUGUGAUUUCUAACAUCUCCCUGUGUUCCGUGUUGGUGAAACGAAAGUAUAAAUUAUCUAAAGGAGGAGAAAUAAUCAAGACGGACAUUCAGGUGGGCGAUAACACUCAAUCCCUUUUCUCCGUCUCCUUAUGGAAAAAAGAACUGCGAUCAAUUGCUGCUGCAGGCGACAUCGUCUUAUUGCGAAAUGUCAAGAUUACAAAAUUCUGAGAUGUUUUCGAGGCCAGAAGUGAUGACUGAUCAUCUUUACUCUGUCUAGUCCACCCUUACCAGUCCCUUGUUUCAAAGAGUGUGACUGAAGUAUCUUGUUUCAAUAUAAUGGUGUUUUAUCCAUUUAUAUAUAUGUGCAAUUGAAUUAGUAGCAGUGUAAAAUGGGGAUAAUGGUCAAAGAAAAGCUUUCCAAGGUUAUAGAAUGGGUGCGGAGGACCGGAUAUUAUGCUAUUGAGAAUGUUAACCCGUAUGAUCAUCAAAAGAGGCGACUAUCCAGAAAUUGGAAAGUGCCAGAACCAAAUAAAUGGAGAGAAUGUCCCUCACUUUCAGAGGUUUUGUGCCUGAGCAGUCAUUGUAAGGUGAUAUUUAGUGCAUCUGUUGGAGAGAUUUUUCUGCCGAUUACAUGGAGGCGUAUUGGAGAAUCUGAAAAUGAAAAUAUGUUUAUUAGCAGGAGAUUAUAUACAUCAGCAGGCAAUGGUUUAGCUGAAGAUCUUAUAUGCACUGGUUGCCUGCUAUGUGGUUCCCCUUUGCAUCAAGAGCACGGAUCUAUAGUUGGGAGAGUUCCACUCUAUUGUGAGAAAAGCUCGGAUCGCCUUCAUGCAGUCAACUUGAUAUAUAGACUUUAAUCAUAUGUUGGUUUGAUGUGUUGUAGCACUAAUUAUGAAUUAGACAAUAUUUUUGUAUUAU